UUUUUUUUUGGGACUUUGAACCUUUUUGGAUAGCAAACAUUACAGAAACGAAAUCGAUAUUUUGACACAUCGAUACAAUCUAUUAUGUCAUGUCAUUCCUUGUAUAUUCUAUUGCACAAUAAGUGAUUUAAAAAAUAAAUAUCGUCAUCGCAAUUCAUAAAAUAAUUUAAUUAUUCUAGUCUUGAUUUAUUCAAGCUGGCAUCAAAACGAUUAUACGUGUUAGGCUUUCACGGCUUUUCACCAACUGUCCCUUUUCGUACUGGUUUUCGUAGCUUCUACCAGUGUCGCAACAAAUCGGGCAUGUCUAAUUACGCGGCAGAAGCACCAGCGGGCCCCGGGCCGGGCGGUGCUCGCAUCUCCCCCAUACCUGUAGAGUAUACUUCAUACUCUGUACUCAAGAGAUACAAUGAUAUUGUCAAGUCUAAAGAAGAUAAACGGGAGUACAGAGGUCUAGAGUUGACGAAUAGAUUGAAAGUGCUGUUGGUUAGUGAUCCGACCACAGACAAGUCCGCUGGGGCUAUGGCUGUUAAUGUUGGUUACCUAAGUGACCCUGAUGAACUCCCAGGGUUGGCACAUUUUUGUGAACAUAUGCUUUUCCUUGGCACUAAGAAAUAUCCGCAGGAAAAUGAAUAUAAUAAAUUUUUAUCAGAGCACGGUGGGUCAGCUAAUGCAUACACUUCUACAGAUUAUACAACAUUCUACUUUGAUGUGUUACCACAACAUUUGGCUGAGGUUUUAGAUAUUUUCUCCCAGUUCUUCAUCUGUCCGUUGUUCACGGAGUCUGCGACUGGACGAGAACUGAGUGCGGUCAACUCCGAGCAUGAGAAUAAUGUGUGCAACGACACUUGGAGACUUAACCAAUUCAAUAAAAGUACAGCAUCUCCUGACCAUCCUUAUACUAAAUUUGGCACAGGUAACAAGCAGACUUUAGAAGUGAUUCCAAAGCAGAAAGGUAUCGAUGUACGCAAAGAACUCCUAAAGUUUCAUCAUACUUGGUAUUCUGCUAAUAUUAUGACCUUCGUUGUGGUUGGAAAGGAAAGUCUCGAUGAGUUAGAAGCGAUGAUUGUGCCUCUAUUCUCCGCCAUCGAAGACCGCGAUGUGACUCCCCCCUCGUGGCCGGAGCACCCCUACCCCCCCGCGCGCUGCCGCAAGCGAGCAUACUGCCUACCCAUUAAGGACCUCAGGAGCCUCUCAAUAGAGUUCCCCAUACCUGAUUAUCUUAAACAUUAUAAAAGUGGGCCAAGUUACUACUUGUCUCACCUGCUGGGGCAUGAGGGUCCCGGCAGUCUGCUCGCCGCGCUAAAGAACAAAGGUUGGGUAGACAGUUUGGAGGGCGGAGCACGGACAGGGGCGCGAGGGUUCGGCUUCUUCGGAGUUCACGUCGACCUCACAGAAGACGGCCUCGAUCAUAUUGACGAUAUCGUUAAUAUGGUAUUUCAGUAUAUCUCAAUGCUACGUAAAGUGGGACCCCAGCGUUGGGUUUGGGAUGAGCAGAGAGAGACAUUAUCUACGGAUUUCACUUACAGAGAUGUGCAGGAGCCGAGAUCUUUUGUUAUCAAACACGUGCACUUAUUACAGGAGUUUCCGAUGGAGGAUGUCCUAAGUGCAUACUACCUACUGACAGAGUGGAAACCAGAGCUGAUCGAGGAGUUGCAGUCACGACUGGUUCCUAACAACGUUAGGAUAGGAAUUGUCGCUAAACGUUUUGCGGAUAAAUGUACUCAAAUAGAACCUUGGUAUGGCACUAAAUAUCUACAAGAGGAUAUAGAAGAAAGCAAAAUAAGGGAAUGGGAGGGGGCCACUGCAGGCCCGGAGUUACAUCUGCCGCCCCCCAAUGAGUUUUUGCCCGAACGUUUAGAAUUGGAGACCUCGAGUGACCCUACCACGGACUCUAUAGCUCCCAUCAUAUUGAAGGACACGCCCCUCAUGAGGCUAUGGUUCAAGAGAGACAAUGAAUUCAAGUUGCCCAAAGCUUACCUCACUUUAGACAUGUUCAGUCCCCUGUCGUACGCGGAGCCGGAGAGCUGCGCGCUGCUGUCGGUGUGGGUGCUGCUGGUGCGGGACGGGCUGCAGGAGUACGCGUAUGCUGCAGACCUGGCGGGUCUCCGGUGGAACGUCACCAUCUCCAAGCAAGCUAUCAAUAUAGAAGUGGAAGGCUACGAUGACAAGCAACACGUGUUGUUGGACAAAAUUGUGGAGUAUGUGACUAACUUCAAGACGGACCAUAAAAGGUUUAAAAUAAUGAAGGAAAACCAUAUAAGAGCUAUCAAAAACUUCGAUGCGGAACAACCUUAUCAGCACGCAGUAUACCAACAAUCUUUAUGUCUGACUGACGUGGUGUGGACUCGCUGCGAACUGCUCGCCGCUGCUGAAGAAAUGACACCGGAGAAGUUGGACACGUUCGUGGGGCGCGUGCUGAGGAAGAUGCACGUGGAGGCUCUCAUGGUGGGGAACAUCACGCGGGAGCGGGCACUCAGCAUGGCUGACAAUAUUGAGAAUAAGUUACCAAAAGACGCCAAGCCGCUGUUGGCGCAGGAAAUGACGUUGUAUCGUGAAGUGGAAUUAGGCAAAGGCUCCUGGUUCCUCCGUCGCACGGAGAAUAAUGUGCACAAGUCGUCCUGCGCCCUCGUGUACUACGCGUGCGGGCCGCGUGCUGCGCGCACUAACGUCGCCCUCGAGCUGGUCGCGCACGCACUCACAGAGCCAGCCUUCAACGUGCUCAGGACUAAGGAGCAAUUAGGGUACAUAGUGUUCACGGGCGUGCGGCGCUCCAACGGCGCGCAGGGGCUGCGGCUGGUGGUGCAGAGCGACCGCCAUCCUGACUACGUGGAGGAGAGGAUAGAGGCUUUCCUCAGGUCCUCGGAGGAGGAUUUGGAGAAGAUGAGCGAGGAGCAGUUCCUGCAGCACAGGUCGACGCUGGCGGCGCAGCGCCUGGAGCGCCCCAAGCGCAUGGCCACCAAGGCCCGGCGCAUGUGGGCAGAGAUCGUCACACAGGUGUACAAUUUCGACCGGCCUCGUAUGGAAGUGGAACAACUGAAUACAAUCACUAAAGAAGAAUUACUGCAGUUUUAUAAGAAGCACAUAAGCGCGCAGUCGGCCGACAGACAGAAGCUGUCGGUGCAGGUGGUGUCGACGGCGCGCGGCGGCGCGGCGCACGCUGACAACGAACAAGACAAGGAACAAGACGAGGAUAACCAACAGGAUAAGGCUCAGGCAACGAGAAUAGAAGAUUUAGUGGAGUUCAAGUCGCGGCGGCGGCUGUACCCGCUGCCGGCGGCGCUGGGCGGCGUGCCGCGCAAGGGCCGCCACUGCAAACUAUAAAUAAAACAUACUGCCAUA